AUGAAAGCUGGAAAUCCAUUGGAAAAUAAAAAAGACGUAUGUCGGAUGAAAUGGUGGUUGUUGCUAUUUGCUCCAAUAACGAAUCAUUGGCAUUGGUUUAACUGA